UCACAUAACCGGGUAAGUGAACCCAGGGUUUUCGGUAACCCUAGGUUUUCCGUUCCAAAAGGAUCACGGUAUGUUAGUUGCUAUAGCAACAUAUGCUCUGAAUCAAACCUGCCGGUUUUAUCACAUAACCGGGUAAGUUAACCCAGGGUUUGCGGUAACCCGAGGUUUUCCGUUCCAAAAGGAUCAAGGUAUCUUAGUUGCUAUAGCAACAUAUGCUCUGAAUCAAACCUGGUCGGAGCAGGUUUUGCGCAGGUUAAGUUAAAAGAUAACCCGGUUUUGCUCAGGGUAUUUAAACCCGCGUUCACCACAGCUUUUACGUGAUCACAAUGGCAUGCCCUUUUGACGAGAGGCCGAUUGAUAUCGGAGCGCAAAUAAUUCGUGCCAUUCACAGAGAGAGAAUAAUUAGACCACGGCUCGACAUAUUGUCCUUUCCGGAGGACUUUUUGCUGGAGAGAUAUCGUUUUUCACGUGAUUCUUUGCUUUAUUUAAAUAACCUUCUCCAACCAUACAUUGCAAAUGUGACCAAUCGUGGAUCUGCCCUCAGUCCACUCCAAACAAUUUGCACAGCUCUCCGUUUUUUUGCGACGGGAAGCUUUUUGUACAGCGUAGGAGAUGCUGAGCACAUAGGCAAAGCCACGGUCUGCCGCUCAGUACGUAAAGUCUGUCUUGCGCUGAAGCGGUUGUUGCGGAACUUCAUCGUAUUUCCAGGCCAUAAACCCACGAGACGCAUGAAAAUGGAGUUUCACCAACUUGCAGGUCAGCAUUAUCUACUUUACGUGUUCCCAAAUGGCACCGAAAUUACCCUCGUUGACUUUUCAUCUGGGUGUUUUAUUUCAGGAUUUCCAAAUGUAAUUGGGUGCAUUGAUGGCACACAAGUGCCCAUACUGGCCCCAUCUAUAAAUGAGGCAGAUUAUGUGAACAGGAAAGGCUAUCACAGUAUAAAUGUUCAGAUGAUAUGUGAUGCUUCCCACAUGAUCACCAAUGUAGAGGCAAAAUGGCCUGGUUCAGUCCACGAUGCAAGGAUGUAUCGUGAAUCCAAUUUGAGCCGUAAAUUUCAAGAGGGGCAAUUCGAUGGGUGGAUCCUAGGAGAUCGAGGGUAUCCAUGCCUCCCGACGCUCAUCACCCCGUACCCUAAUCCCGCUCCUGGACCACAGACUACAUUAAACCGGGCACACAGCAGAACCCGCGUUAAGAUUGAAAACACAUUCGGGAUAUUGAAGUCCAGAUUUCAAUGCCUACGUGGACUAAGGGUUUGUCCGGAACGGGCAUGCGACAUUAUUGUUGCAUGCGCCGUCCUCCACAAUAUCGCCACCCUGCGCAAAGAGAUGCCUCCCCCCUUUGACCCGUUCCUCGAGGAGGAACACAUUCCCCAAAUGGAUUCAAGGGCUGGACAAAGGAUGCGGGAACACAUUUGCCAAAAUCACUUCAAUUAAAAAAAAAAAAACACCCAACACUGUUUUUAUCAAUCAUUUUUAUUCUUUAGUUGCUGAGGGAGGAAAAAUAAUAUAAUUAGACAUUGAAUAGCAAUAUCAUGUCCGCGUUGAAUUUCUGCCCAACCUCCUUUUUUUACCUCUAUCAGCAGCUUCGUGUACUCCAUUUGCAAAUCAGCCUUAGCGAUUUCCCGCUGAAGAUGAAGUCGAUAUAAUUCUUUAGUAGUCAACUGAAAUAGAGGAAAAUAUUGUUUUACCAUUCAAGCGACAUACUUGGCCAAUAAAUUAAGUGAGUAGCCUAGGAUAUGUCUUACAUGCUGAUAUUGCGACCCUGAUGUACCCGCCGCUUCCUCGACCACAGUCUGUUAAGAGACAAGUGAGUUUGAGAACACUGUUAGUUUGGUUGAAUCGUCAAUAAUGACUUGGAACUGGCAAGAAAAAGCGAGGCCUAUACCUCAGUUCUUUCAGACCCAUCCAUGGCAAUAUUUUCAUCGGCCUCCUGUCAUACAAAGAGCAAAUAUAGGCCUAUUGGCUGAGUAUUUUGAGAUGCGCUUACAACAGAAAUGUAAAAAAAAAAAACCAGGCCUACCGGACUUGCAUAAACUGGAGGAUUCGUAGCCGGCUCGAUUAAAAGCAAUACUCCGUCUUGAUCUGUGAAGUUGAUUAAUUAGUCACGUUUAGGAAUAGAGCCACAUAGGCCUAUACAGCAGGCAUACAACAAACAUGGGGUUUUCUACCCAGCUACAAAAUAACAUUUGGAACAUUUGCGCUAUGACACACACACGGCUUGCAUGCGUUCGCAUACAAAAAAUGAAAUAACAAAAAAACCUACAUUCAACCAGUGGGUUGACAGUGGACGGAGAUGGCCCCGGACUCUCGGAGGAGGUACCUCCAGGUAUCCCCUCCAUGCCAGGGCGCCCUGCAUUAAUGGUUAGAGCCAGCUCCUCAACCGUGGUGAAGGUAAUUGGAGGGCCCGAUCCAGUCUGCCGACUGUCGGCCCUCUUACGAUUGGCUUUAAAAAUAAAAAAAUGGGCUAUUAAAAUACAGGAGCAGUGACAAAUAGGCCUAUGAUAUGACAAAUAUGUAGGACGAUGGUGGGAAAAGCUUACCAGCUUGUAUAACGUUUUUGUAUUUCAUUUUUACUUGUUCCCGAGUUCGUUUGGGGGCCGUCGGAUUACAUCUUUAUAGAUAACAGAUUAUGGAAUGUUAAGAAAGCUUAACUGAGAUAGGUAAUGAAUGGAUUCAGUUCAAAUAUUUAGGAUAGUGCUUUUACCAUGACACUUACGAAUUUACGCGGUCAGCUAUCCUCUGCCAGGCUUUAUUUCUCAUUAUGGAAGAUGCUUUAGUGUUGCAUUUCCUCAUUAUCACUCCCUUUUCCUCAUCGUAACUCUCCAGGAGAACCUGGAGGUCGAGAUCUGAGAAAUAUGCGGCCCGUUUCGCCAUAUUGAUCGGUAAUUCCAUGAUCCAUACAUCACGUCUUUAUAGGUUUGGCGUGGACGCGCACAACCCUGUGUUAACCAACCGCGAGGUGAUUGAACUAAUGCAUAACCGCUGCUGUGGAACCGAAAACUCUGGGUUGGUCGGCACAGGGUCAAUCACCCUAGAGU